UAGGAAGUUGGGAGCUGCUGCAAACUGGUUAGCUAUCAAAUCGAUGUUGACAACGAAUGUGGCUACAAUCUUGGAUUAUAGUAUUUUUUCCGUCGCAGCAUCUGUUCACCUGAUGCGCGAACGUAUACCUUAACAACAUCUACUCAUCUGUUGCAUGUACUGUGUUUGUGCAGUUCCGCUACCACUAUGGAGCAUAUCAGAACGCCAAAGGUCGAACAGGUGAAGUUGCUGGACCGCUUCAGUAACAAGACGAUCACCGGCACGCUCCACCUGACCGCCACCCAUCUCAUCUUUGUGGAGAGCAACUCGACCAGCGCUCAGGAGAUAUGGAUCCUGCACCACCACAUCGCCUGUGUGGAGAAGCUCCCGCUGACCACUACGGGCUGCCCGCUGGUCAUCACCUGCCGCAACUUCCGCCUGGUGCACUUCCUGGUGCCGCGCGAGAGGGACUGCCACGACGUCCACAGCUCCCUGCUCCGGCUACUGCGGCCAGGGUCCUAUGAUGAGCUGUAUGCCUUCUCCUAUAACCCCAAGCAGAAUGACCAGCAGAGGGAGGAAGGCUGGCAGCUGGUGGAUCUGGCCACGGAGUUCGAGCGCAUGGGCGUACCGUGCGACCAGUGGCAGCUGACCGACGUCAACAGAGAGUACAAGGUGUGUGAUACGUAUCCCAGAGACCUGUACGUGCCCAUCACUGCCAGCAAGCCUAUCAUCGUGGGCAGCUCCAAGUUCCGAAGCAAAGGCCGGUUCCCCGUCCUCACGUACUUCUACCAGGAGAAGAAGUCAGCCUUGUGUCGGUGUAGUCAGCCCCUCUCCGGCUUCAGCGCGCGCUGCCUGGAGGAUGAGUACAUGCUGCAGGCCAUCAGCAAAGCCAACCACAACAGCAACCGCUUCAUCUACGUGGUGGACACCAGGCCCAAGCUGAACGCUCUGGCCAAUCGAGCGGCAGGAAAGGGCUACGAGAACGAGGACAACUACUCCAACAUCCGCUUCCAGUUUGUGGGCAUCGAGAACAUCCACAUCAUGAGAGCCAGUCUUCAGAAGCUGCAGGAAGUGGUGGGAACGCGCUCUCUCUCUGCUACGGAGUAUCUGGUGGGGAUUGAGGGCUCUGGCUGGCUGAGACAUAUCAAAGCCAUUGUGGAUGCUGCCAUCUUCCUCAUGAAGGCUAUGACAGUAGAGGGCGCCAGCGUGCUGGUCCACUGUUCAGACGGCUGGGACCGCACGUCCCAAGUGUGUUCUUUAGGGGCUCUGCUGAUGGACCCCUACUACCGCACCAUCAAGGGCUUUAUGGUACUAAUCGAGAAAGACUGGAUCUCCUUCGGACACAAAUUUGCCGAAAGGUGUGACCAGCUGGACGGCGACCCUAAGGAGGUGUCCCCGGUCUUCACCCAGUUCCUGGAGUGUGUGUGGCAGCUGAUGGAGCAGUUCCCGCAGGCCUUCCAGUUCAGCGAGUGGUUCCUCAUCCAGAUCCACGAGCACGUGCACUCGUGCCAGUUCGGCAACUUCCUGGGCAACUGCCAACGCCAGAGGGAAGACCUGCAUCUGAAGGAGAAGACGUACUCUCUGUGGGCACACCUGUUGUCCGAGCAGCACAACUACCUGAACCCGUUGUAUGACCCGACUCUAGCGGAGUCUCAGCCGGUGCUGGAGCCCUCCACACUACCGUUCCACUUCAAAUUCUGGAGGAACAUGUACCAUCAGUUUGACCGCUCCAUGCACCCGCGGCAGUCCAUCCUGAAGCAGGUGCUGACCCUGAGGGAGAGCAGUCGCGAGCUGGAGAACACCGUCCGCAGCCUGGAGGCCAAGCUGCAGGCGUACGGCGUGAGUGUGUCCCCGCUGGAGGUGCGAGUGGCGCAUCAUCGCGAGCGUAAGCUUCCCGCGCGGCCGCGCUCCCUCAUCCUGGGCGCUCCGCUCAGCUGCAAGGAGGCGCAGCAGGAGCGGCUGGACGACGAGCCCGUGGUGGAGGCCGAGGAGGCGCAGGAGGCCGAGGAGGAGGACGAGGACGGGCUGGCCCGCAGCGGCGGCAAACGGACAGUAGAGGGCAGCAGCGGCACGGAGAACGGCUACGGGGAGCUGCAGGAGGCGCUCAGCAGCAGCAAGACCAAGCCGGCCGCGGUCAGCCUGGAGUACGGCGUGGCACGCAUGACCUGCUGAGCCCAGCGGAGCAGUGGAGGAGCGGAGAUGUGUGUGUGUGUGUGUGUGUGUGUGUGUGCCUGGAGUUCGGCGUGGCACGCAUGACCUGCUGAGUCCAGCGGAGCAGCGGAGGAGCGGAGAGGAGAUGGCGUCAGAUGGACUGGAGGAAUGGACUGGGUGGGGGGCGCCUUGUAGAUAUACGCGGGAAGGGGGAAUAAAGUGUGUGUGUGUGUGCGUGUGUGUGUGUGAGUGUGUGAGUGUGUGAGUGUGUGAGUGUGUGAGUGUGCGUGUGUGCGUGUGUGCGUGUGUGCGUGCGUGCGUGUGUGUGUGUGUGUGCGUGCGUGUGUGUGUGUGUGUGUGCGUGCGUGUGUGUGUGCGUGUGUGUGUGUGUGCGUGUGUGUGUGUGUGUGUGUGUGUGUGUGUGCGUGGUUUGGCAGCGCUGAUGGGACUACUCCCACCGUUGGCUGCCAUGUGUUGAGUGGAGGGGACGGACAGAUGGCCUCGUCUGUGUUGUAAAAUGGCUGUAUAAGAAAUGUUAUCACAGGAGAUUUUUUUAAAUAAAAAAGAGGAUAUCAUAGCACUAAAACGAAUAAAUGAAUGGAUAUUACCAAAACUCUU